AUGCACUGGAUUGAAGGGACUGAACAACAAUGGGAAAAAUUUGCUUCAAUGGUCCCUACAAAACCCAUUGAUGAACUUAAAAGACAUUAUCAGUUACUUGUUGAUGAUGUUAAUGCAAUUGAAGCAUGGCAAGUUCCAAUCCCUAAUUAUAAAGGUGAAGAAGCUUCUUCAUCAAAUAAGGAAAGUAAUUUGGGUUAUUCCCGGUCAGCGGAAAGGCGGGUCAAUUGUGGUUAUUCAAAUGGGUUUUCGGGUACAACUCAUGACCCAAUUGGGGGUCAUGGUGGAAAAGGGAAUUCAAGGGCUGAACAAGAAAGACGAAAGGGCAUACCAUGGACUGAAGAAGAACAUAGAAAUAAAAAGUAG